CGGCGGAAAUCCCAGCAUAUAAGGUGGAAUGGCGAGUUACGUAAAGAGCUGAGCAUCAACUUCAAACUCAUACUUAUCUGAAAUAGAGUGCUACCUUAAAUGCAAACACACACACACAUACACACACACACACACACACACACACACACACACAUGCACACGUGAGUAUGGAGUUCCCAGAGUUUCACAACAGAGUGAAAAUAACGCUACCUUUAAAUCUCCUCCUCCAGCUCCUCCAGCAGAUCUGCUGCCUUACAGGAGAGUCCAGCUCUUCAGUCUGAGAGGCUGAGCUGCUGAACCGGAUCAGGAUCAGGAUUUGAAUAUGAACGCUCCGGAUGUGAGCGCUCUGCUGGAGGAGUGUCUGCGUUUGGCAGAAACACAGAGAACAGAACCGGACUCAGAAACCCACAGAACAAACCGAGCUGAUCUCUCGGCUGAGCUGAGGACUCUGCUGGGGGAGGCGGUGGAGAUGAGGUGGCCGUUUGUGGAGGAGAAAUGGCAGUACAAGAGUUCGGUUACGCCAGAAGAUAAAGUGAACACCAAGGACCUCGUCAGCCACAACCUGCCCCAGCUAAUGGCGUUUCUGAAAUCCUCGAUCGUGGGGGCGGAGCCUCUGUGGGCGAUGUCGGUGGUGUUUCUGGUGGAUCGUUUCCUCUACUGGAAGGACAGUUCACACACCCUGCUGAAGAUCGCUAAAGCUCUACACAGAAAUUACCCAGAAACCCCUGUGGCCCCGCAGGUCGUUAUCAGACAGGCCAGAGUCUACCUGAACACAGGGAAACUACAGAAAGCUGAGUACAUCCUGAGCAGCCUGAUCAAUAACAACGGAGCAACUGGGAGUUGGAGGUAUCAGAGGGACAGUGACCGGGUCCUCGUCCAGGCCGUCAGUCUGCAGGUCCGGGGUCAGGUUCUGCAGAAACUGGGUCUGUGGCUGGAAGCAGCAGAGCUGAUCUGGGCUUCACUCGUGGGUUUCUACAUUCUACCUCUUCCUGAUAAAAAGGGUAUCGGCACGUCUCUGGGGCUUCUGGCCAGCUUGCUCAUCUCAAUGACGGAUAAAGACUUCUCCACGUUUCAGAAGAUUCCUCACAUUAACCUGGGGUUUCUGGGAGACUGCAGGCAUCGUCUGCUCUGUGCAGCUCAGGCGGCUAAAUCAGCCGUGAUCUACAGCCAGUUCGACCCUCUGUAUGUGCUCACUCACAUGGUCACUCAGGGAACCUGCCUGCUGUCGUACAGCUUCUCCAGAUCGUGUCCUGCUGUUGAGAAACCAUCUUAUCUGGCUCUGGCUAAGGAAGCCUUUGAGAUCGGUUUGCUAACGAAGGUGGAGACGGACACGGUGACGAGCCAACAGGAACUUCACACCCUGAUAAAAGCAGCAUUCUGCUUAUCCAUCACUAACAAAUGGAUGCUUGGUCCGGUGGAAGAGGUCAGCCUGGCCGUUCAGGCUUGUCAGGAAGCUAACGCGCUGCUGUAUUCCUACUGUUUUGAAGACGAUUCCGAUAAAGUUCUGGUAUCUUCUGAAGUCAUGGCGAAGGUUCAGCGAGUCAAGAUGCUUUUAAAAGUGAAAGAUUUCUCCAAUUCAGACCCACACUCUUUUAUUCCGGACAGUUACAGAGUUUCGGAGAACAGACCUGCCGCGUUCACUCUGGAAGACUUCACCGAGAUGGUUGAACGUUUCCAGAAGCACCACAAAUCUGUGUGUGAAGCUUUUGAAGGUCGAGGACUUGAGCGAAGUGCUGCCCAUGAUAACUGCCUCACAGCUUUCCAGACAACAGCACUGGCUGAACCACUGACAACAGAAUGUUCCACCAGAGAUCCUGGAAUAGAAGACGAUAACGAAGGCAUUUCUGACUCUAGUGGAUCUAAAGCAUCCUUGGGUUCUUCUUUUAAUGAGGUCCGUCUAAAGAAAAUGUUCAAAUUGGAUAGAAGAACUUCUGAAGGAAGCAGCAGUUUAGCUUCUUCCUGGCCGAAAACGUCCAGUUCUGGGUCUUCUUUUGAGCUAGUUGACCCAAUCCGUUGCACAGAAGUUGAUGAAGAUGUCAAUGGUGAGAAGAACAUCCACAAAUCACAGUGCAAAAAUGCUAACAGCACUAGUAGUAGCCAUGGAAUUGGUGAUAAUCAACAAAGCACACUUCCUUCUUCACACUCUCCUGGAGUUUUGAAUGAAGGAGUAUUAAAUACUCAACAAACAUCUAAGCAAGAGCUUUGCACCACCUUAGGAAGUGAGGACCAUAAAAACAGCAACCAGAUGGGUCCUAAUGCUUCAGGGAGCAGCUCUGGUACGAGAACGUCGUCAGGCUCUUUGAGCAGUAGCUUGGGAUCGUCUUGGCAGAGCUUCUCAUUCUCCACCAGAUCUCCGACAAAUGAAGGAGGAGGUUCUUCCAAGACCUUAAAAGGAAGCUACCAACAAAGUGUGCAGAGUUCCAUUGAGACGGUUGAAGAUCUGGAUGUUUUCUCUGUAAGCGAUGGUCUCUCUGGGCUUGUAUUAUCUGGUAACAAUAGUCCAAAUGGACUCAACGCUCAACAGCAAGCCAAAACAGAGCUCUGCACCACAUUGGGAAGUGAAGACCAUGAAACAACCAAGAAGAUACUGGAUACAGAUGCUACAGGAAAAAGUAAAGACAGCAGAAUGUCAUCAGGCUCUUUUUGCAGUAGCUUGAACUCAUCCUGGCAGAGUGUCUUAUUUUCCACCAGAUCUCCUCCAGUUAAUCAGAACUGUGGAACUGUUGAUAAGAGUCCCGAUAGUCCCUUUCAGGAGUUACAACCCAACAGUCCAGGAACAUCAGCAGAAGGUUUAAUGAAGACCCAAACAGCAAACCAUUCUCAGACUCAAGUACAAAUUCAGAGUUUUGUUGAGACGGUUGAAGAUCUAGAUGGUUUAUCGUUAAGCGAUGGUCUCUCUGGUCGUACAGUGGCUGGUAAUAAUAGUCCAACGGGGCUCAAUGCUCAACAGUCGUCAAAAAAGCAAGACCUUUGCACCACCUUAGAAAGUGAAGAUGAUAAAACCACCAAGAAGGUGAUGACUAAUGCUUCAGGGAGCAGCUCAGGUACGAGAACGUCGUCAGGCUCUUUGAGCAGUAGCUUGGGAUCCUCUUGGCAGAGCAUCUCAUUCUCAACCAGAUCUCCGACAAAUGAAGGAGGAGGUUCUUCCAAGACCUUAAAAGGACGCUACCAACAAAGUGUGCAGAGUUCCAUUGAGACGGUGGAAGAUCUGGAUGUUUUCUCUUUAAGCGAUGAUCUCUCUGGCCAUACAGCGGCUGGUAAUGGUUCCAAUGGACUCAACGCCCAACAGCAGUCAAAACCAGAGCUUCGAACCACCUUAGAAAGUAAAGAAUGUAAUGCUACAGGGAAAAGUAAAGGAACCAGAAUGUCGUCAGGUUCUCUGAGCAGUAGCCUGAACUCAUCCUGGCAGAAGGCAUCUUUCUCCAGAUCUCCUCCAAAUGAAGAUUUUGGUCCGAUCUUGAAGAACAAGCCCGAGACUGGGAAUGUGGAUGGUCUUUCUGGUCAUGCAAAUGUUGAACAUCCUCAAGGAAGUGCAUCGUUACCGUCCUCUGAGCUCGACUCGUUUGUAAUGGUUCCUUCUGAUCAUUCUUCAGCUUCAUCUAACCGAGGUAAAGAUUCCAGCCCUGCUGACUCUCCAACGAUUCAGCGUCCGUCACAUUCAGACCUACAGGACAAUCCGAGCAAGAACCGCAGCCGUGACCUGUUCCCCAGCUACAUGACCUGCAGUACAUGUUUCCAGGGGUGCACUAUGGGAAGUGUAGUUCUGACGGAGCAGGACUACAGAUCCCUCCUCUCAGGAGUUUGUCAGGGCUGCCUGCUGAGGAGACUUCCAGACCAAACCUUCAAACUCAGACACUACAACAGAGCCUACAGUGGUGUUCUGCUGAAGUACUCUAAGGUGACGGAGAGCUGGACGGGCAGUGAGACGAGUGUGUUUGUGGGCGGAGUUCUGCAGGUGGCUGUAGAAGGAAGACAAAGACAGGCCUUCAGGAUUCAGUACCUCCACCAGGAGCAGCUGCUGGGCAGUUAUGUAGGUAAGGAGUACCUGAGGGAGAGGAAGCCUCAUGCUCACCUGGCGGACGUGGAGAGGCAGAUGACGGCGCAGUUUUACGUUAUGGAGUUUAAUAAACGUCUUUACGAGAGUAACAAGACCACGCAGAUCUUCUACAUCCCCUCUGAGCUCCUGCUGAUCACAGAAGCAGACUGUAUGGUAGCUUGUGUAUCGGUGGAGCCGUACAUGCUGGGGGAUUUUGUGAAACUCACCAACAACACAACCAAAAAAAACAAGCGACUGCAGGCCACUGAUUACGGGAUCGCGUUCGGACACUUCACCUACGCCUUCUCCAACCAGCAGGAGGUGGUGGUGGACCUGCAGGGAUGGGUGACGGCCAAUGGGAAAGGUCUGGCGUAUCUAACAGACCCUCAGAUCCACUCUCUCAGAAAACCUAAAUCCCCCAGUAACUUCCACCAGAACGGGAUCCUGAAGUUCCUGCAGCAGCAGCACGGAGAACGCUGCGGUCCCGUCUGCUGCGCCGCCCUGCAGGACUUCCCGCAGCACCUGCUGAAGUGAUAAAACCAGGUUUAUUACUGAUAUACAGCAUUUAUCUAAACACUAAACUAAACCAGGGUCUGGACCUAAAGACUGAACUCAGAUGUAUACCUCAGCGUCGCAGCCUGUGCGAGCGCCCUGCGCAGCUGCUCACGUAUACACGCCCUGCAGUUUAAACAGCGAAGAGAGGAAUGUGUGGGCAGCUCAGUGGACCAAUCACAGCUGUUGCUGUCCAUGACACAUAUGCUACUGUGCAGGCUCUCAUAGGCUACGGCACAAGGUCUACACAGGCUACAGUGCAGGUUAUGCGUAGGCUGUGGCACGUGGUACAGUUAGGGUAAAGCGGCGCAGGGUCUGUAUAGGCUGUGCUGCAGGGUGCACACAGGCCUGGGGUCAGAUGUGGCCCUCAAAUAUGAAACAUCUGGCCUGUUAUUAAUAUAUUAAAAUUAUGACGUUAAAUAGGUUUAUUGCCAUGAUAUGUUGACAAAUGUCGUACUGUAAUGUUUAUUUACUGUAUGAACAUUUAAUAAAAGUGGUGAAAAUGUUUUGGCAUAAGAGGAAUAAAGCAAUCAUCAGUUUA